AUUUAUUUUUCUUUUAUUUGCAUCUUUAUCUUACACAUUUUUUUUAACCGGUGACCAUAAUUGCAUGCACUAUUUUUCAAUUUGUUUGAACAUUUGUUGCUUUUGGAGAUGGUUCUCGUACAUCAUAAGAAGCACUUGAGGAGAAAAGUUGGGGUUGAUCAAGGGAACAAGAAAUUUAACUUAGUAAAGUAGAGCACUUUAUAACGAAUAUGCCAACUAGAUUAAUUAUAACAUGUAUUUGUGGCAAUGACAUCCAGAAAAGAUGACCCAGUAUAUCAGUAUGGGCUGUCAUCAUGAAUCUAAAUUUGUAAUCCUGAUGUGAUUUAAAAAAAAAUGAGUUGCUAAAUGUAAAUUCAUACUAGGAGUUAAAAAAUAUUUGUUCUAAAAAUGUUGCAGAGUUACCUCAGGGCUAUAUUAAAUCAAGUUCCCAAAGUUUUGCAUGAUGUUCUUUUGCCAUCCUAAUGUAAGACAGAAUUAUUCAAUGACUGUUAUUAUGGAUCCAAUAUACAUCCAUUUUAAAUUAUGUUUCAAUUGAGGAGUUUAAUAAGGUAUAGAUAAAUAAUAAGACUCUAUCACCUUUAUAGUUGCAAUAUAAAAUCAACUGAUGACAUUUAUGGUCAUAAUUUAUAAGAUUUAAUGAAAAAAAUAUUUUUUAAUGUUCUAGUUUAUACUUGAACAGGUCAUAAAUACUACUGUCUAAUUGCUAACUGGCAAUGGCAGUGACAGACAAUGGUGCAUUUAUCCCCCUAAAUAAAAAUUAUUUUCCUAAUCCCUUGCUGUAUGGCACUUAAAUUUUUUCCAUAAAUUACUCUUUUAGUUGGCGAGGGUCUUCCAUCAUGAAAUUUAUAGCAAGAAGAUUUAUCCAGUAAUUUCCCUGAUUUUUUGCUCAAGUAACUAAUUUUUCAAAAAUAUGCAAAACAAUGAUUGUGCUCGUGAUAUCAGAGUACUACUUUAAUCUUUAAAUUUUUAGAUUGAGAGAGACUUUGAAAAGAGCUCAAUGAAAUAGUCUUCUAUUUAAAGACAAAUGGAUGUUUUUGUUUUAUAUACAGCUAUAACUGUUGAUGUUAUAAUCCUCUUUUUUAAAAAUCAUUUUAUGUUUUGAUUUUCCUAAGCUGUCUACCUGCUAAAUAAGGAAUUGUGUCCAUUGGCUUAAAUUAUUAAUCUGGAUAGAACUUCUUGUUUUCAAAUUAUACCCUCAUAAACAUUGUUAUCAAUUUUUGGAAUCAUUUACACUGAAAUUGUUUGACAGUGCUACAAAACAAUUUGCUGUGUGGCCUUCUGAAUUAUGAAUACUGAUUGAUUCAAAAGUUUGAGAUGUCCUAAAAUGUAUGUGUAGAAGGCUGAACUAAUUUUCUGGGCACGAUGUUGGUAUAAAUGUACUAAAAAGGUUGUGGUCUCUUAUCAAGAGUAAAUAAUGGGCAAACAGAACAGUAAGCUUAAACCAGAAGUGCUAGCUGACUUAAAAGAAGAAACAGAGUUCUCUGAAGGGGAACUCAAAGAGUGGUACAAGGGCUUUUUGAAGGACUGCCCCACUGGACAUCUCACUGUAGAGGAGUUCAAGAAAAUCUAUGGCAAUUUCUUCCCUUAUGGAGAUGCAUCUAGGUUUGCUGAGCAUGUGUUUCGUACGUUUGACAAGAAUGAUGAUGGCAAUAUUGAUUUCCGUGAAUUCAUGGUUGCACUGUCAGUGACAUCUCGGGGAAAGCUGGAUGACAAAUUAAAAUGGGCUUUUAGCAUGUAUGACAUGGAUGGCAAUGGUUACAUAUCUAGGGAAGAAAUGCUGGAAAUAGUCAAGGCUAUUUACAAGAUGGUAGGCACUGUUAUGAAAAUGCCAGAUGACGAAAGUACACCAGAGAAACGUACUGAUAAGAUUUUUAAUCAAAUGGAUACAAACAGUGAUGGGAAGCUUUCUCUUGAAGAGUUCAUUGCUGGGGCCAAGAAUGACCCAUCCAUUGUGCGUCUUCUGCAGUGUGAUGCUACAACUGCCACACCUCAACCAUCCAUAGGGUGAAUACAAAAAUAUGGUGAAUACAAAAAUAUGCUAAAUGAAAAAUGCAACUCAAAUUUAUGCUAGAUCCCACUUCAGUGUAGAAUACACGUAUCUUGCCAGCUAGUUUUCUUCUUUUAAUCAUGGCUUCUUAAGACAGCAGCUGUUAAAUAACUAUUCAGAAGUGAAGUGGUUCCAUUGAUAAUAUUGAUAUUUGAGUUACAAGUGUACAUAAUUCUAAAGAGAAAUUGUAUUUGAUUAAUAUCUUCACAGCUUUUUAUAGAGGGAAGAUAGACAUGAAUUCUGUUUGACAUUGACUUUUGAAAUUUGAUAUUUAUUUGAUGUCUGUAUCUAAAUAAUAUCACUUAUUUUCAUGCUCCCAUGGUGCACUUUGGUAAAUAAUGUUGUAUAUUGAAGUCUAGAUGUGAGCAAACUUAGACAAGCAUACUUAACAUUUGGCGUGUUAAAUACUAAGAAAGAAGGCAGCUCCACUCACAAAAUACUUUUUGAGCUUCAGAAAAUUGUUGAAAUUUUGUUUUUGCCCCCUUCUGUGUAGCUUGUAUAUGUGGAUUUAUGAAAUAAAGUACUACUGA